UUUGCCUUCAUAAGGGGAUAUUUCUUUGUGGUCACUUAGCUAGAUAUGAUCAAACUUCAAACAAAAAGAUAGAGAUAGAGAUAGAUACUGAGAGAGAUCGAGUGGAGGCAAGUGCCCCCUCAAACCUCCAAAAGCCAGAUUAAGGCUCGCUUCAAACUUCUACCUUCCUCUUUCAUUAAUCCCGAUCUACGUAUUUCGGUUGGGAUAAACUCAGAUUACGGGUAAUCACUUCUAAAUCACGUGUUUUCAGCUAUGGUGAUUCUGAGGUUGGACAUGUGUGUGGAGCUACUGAAGCUGGCCAUAGAGUUCGUCAUCGUCGUAGCAGAAGCAGUCGAGAUAGCUCUUCAGCAGAACUUCCCUCCAAAUCUUACAAGUACUUCAGCUUAUACCAGCACUCAUCUUCCUUUUGUUGGCUUUCUCCCUUGAGAUUCUUUGUAUAGAUUAGCUAGCGCUCAUGAGUUUUAUAUCUGCAAAAUUGUACAGUACGUCCAGGUAAUCUCUAAUGUAAGGCUUCAGGUUCGUUUAAAUUCUA